AUGUUUGACAGGAUACCAACCGCAACUGCACACGUGUACACGUUUGACAUGAUACCAACCAACACUGUACACGUGUACACGUUUGACAGGAUACCAACCACCACUGUACACGUGUUCACGUUUGACAGGAUACCGACCGCAACUGCAGACGUGUACACGUUUGACAGGAUACCAACCAACACUGUAUACGUGUUCACGUUUGACAGGAUACCAACCGCAACUGCAGACAUGUACACGUUUGACAGGAUACCAACCACCACUGUACACGUGUUCACGUUUGACAGGAUACCAACCGCAACUGCAGACGUGUACACGUUUGACAGGAUACCAACAGCAACUGCAGACGUGUACACGUUUGACAGGAUACCAACCGCAACUGCAGACGUGUACACGUUGGACAGGAUACCAACAACGUCUAUACACGUGGACACGUUUGACAGGAUACCAACAACGUUUAUACACGUGAACACGUUUGACAGGAUACCAACAACGUCUAUACACGUGAACACGUUUGACAGGAUACCAACAACGUCUAUACACGUGGACACGUUUGACAGGAUACCAACAACGUUUAUACACGUGAACACGUUUGACAGGAUACCAAAAACGUUUAUACACGUGAACACGUUUGACAGGAUACCAACUACCACUGUACACGUGUUCACGUUUGACAGGAUACCAACAGCAACUGCAGACGUGUACACGUUUGACAGGAUACCAACAACGUUUAUACACGUGAACACGUUUGACAGGAUACCAACUACCACUGUACACGUGUUCACGUUUGACAGGAUACCAACCGCAACUGCAGACGUGUACACGUUUGACAGGAUACCAACAGCAACUGCAGACGUGUACACGUUUGACAGGAUACCAACAACGUUUAUACACGUGAACACGUUUGACAGGAUACCAACUACCACUGUACACGUGUUCACGUUUGACAGGAUACCAACCGCAACUGCAGACGUGUACACGUUUGACAGGAUACCAACCGCAACUGCAGACGUGUACACGUUGGACAGGAUACCAAUAACGUCUAUACACGUGAACACGUUUGACAGGAUACCAACAACGUUUAUACACGUGAACACGUUUGACAGGAUACCAACAACGUUUAUACACGUGUACACGUUGGACAGGAUACCAACAAAGUCUAUACACGUGUACACGUUGGACAGGAUACCAACAACGUCUAUACACGUGUACACGUUGGACAGGAUACCAACAGCAACUGCAGACGUGUACACGUUUGACAGGAUACCAACCGCAACUGCAGACGUGUACACGUUAGACAGGAUACCAACAACGUCUAUACACGUGGACACGUUUGACAGGAUACCAACAACGUUUAUACACGUGUACACGUUGGACAGGAUACCAACAACGUCUAUACACGUGAUACCAACAACGUCUAUACACGUGUACACGUUUGACAGGAUACCAACAACGUCUAUACACGUGUUCACAUUUGACAGGAUACCAACCGCAACUGCAGACGUGUACACGUUGGACAGGAUACCAACAACGUCUAAACACGUGUACACGUUUGACAGGAAAUCCACCGCGUCUGUACACGUAUACACGUUUGACAGGAUACCAACAACGUCUAUACACGUGUUCACGUUUGACAGGAUACCAACCGCAACUGCAGACGUGUACACGUUUGACAGGAUACCAACAACGUCUAAACACGUGUACACGUUUGACAAGAAAUCCACCGCGUCUGUACACGUAUACACGUUUGACAGGAUAUCAAUCGCGUCUGUACACGUGUACACGUUUGACAGGAUAUCAAUCGCGUCUGUACACCUGUACACGUUUGACAGGAUAUCAAUCGCGUCUGUACACCUGUACACGUUUGACAGGAUAUCAAUCGCGUCUGUACACGUGUACACGUUUGACAGGAUAUCAAUCGCGUCUGUACACCUGUACACGUUUGACAGGAUAUCAAUCGCGUCUGUACACGUGUACACGUUUGACAGGAUAUCAAUCGCGUCUGUACACCUGUACACGUUUGACAGGAUAUCAAUCGCGUCUGUACACCUGUACACGUUUGACAGGAUAUCAAUCGUGUCAGUACACGUGUACACGUUUGACAGGAUAUCAACCGCGUCUGUACACCUGUACACGUUUGACAGGAUAUCAAUCGUGUCAGUACACGUGUACACGUUUGACAGGAUAUCAACCGCCUAUCUACACCAGUGA